AUGGAGUUUGGCGCUCAAGAAUUUCCAGAUGACGAAGGAGUUCAGAAAUUUGCCGCCGAACAAGAGUUCCCUGGUAUUCUCAUGAAACUUGGAAAAGUCAAUGGACCUGAAGCAUCUGAUAUCUGGAAGUUCAUGAAGAGUGAGACAGGAGCCCCAGAUCCCACUUGGAACUUUAACGGCAAGUUUCUGGUCUCCAAAGACGGAAAAGUUUCUGUUCCAAGCGAUCUAGAGAAUGAUAUCGCAUCUUUGAUGUAA